AUGCAAUGCUCAUUUAAUGAAAAUGUACUUUUACAUACUGACCUGAUAGCCAACAUUGAGUUGGUGUCAGGACAUUUUAGGAUCUUCUCGGGGGAGAGCGCUUGCUUGAGAUGCAGUAUUCCUGAUGUGCACAGGUCUAACUGGACCUACUUGUGGUUCAGGGGGUCUGAGGAGCUCUCACAGACUGGGGAGGAAUUAAAUCUAUUGAAUAACAAAGUUCAAGAGAGCGGGAAAUACUACUGCCAAGGAACAAGAAAUACAAAGGUGGGAAAGAUUCGCACCCAGCAAAGUGUCCCUGUGGAGCUCAAGGUGGACGGUGGCUGGGCGAUUCUGCAAGUCCCACGACAUCCUCAACUUGUCGGGAGCACAUUGGAGGUGACAUGUCGUGUCAGAGGGAACCCCCGACUUGAAGAGAUUAUUUUGUACAAAGAUGGCGUUGAAGUAAUG